AUGUCUCUGGGCACCCCUGCUAGACGACACACCCCCAACAAGCGCAACGGCACCACCCCCAGCCCUACGCCCAUGCCUGCCGCCUCCGCACCGCCCCCUGCUGCGGGGCAGCCGCGUGGCGACGACGCUGCAGCCGACAGGCGCCGCCUGGUGGUGCUGGCGGCUGGGGUACUGACGGUGUGGGCGCUGCUGCUGGCGGCGGCCGUCUCGCCCCGCCCCCUCUUCCUGAUCAGCCCCCCCAUCAACAGGCGCGCCGCCAACUUCUUCCUGUUCAAGAGGGAUGGCUGCGGCCAGGCGCUGGUGCAGGGCAGCUGGACAGAUGACUGCCGGAGCGUCAGGUGCACCGACGCCACGCAGCUCGAGUUUGCGACGUGCGCCGACACGCCCAGGCGCCACUGGCGCUUCUCGCAGGAGGCGAAGGCCUGCGGCGCCCGGCGCCUGGCCCCCGCCGACGCUCGCCAGCGGCUGGCAGGCCAGCGGCUGGUGUUUGCCGGCGACUCAAUCGCCAGAAACCUCGCAGCGCACGCCCUGCAUGCAACAGGCGGCGACGCGACCCCCGCUGCUGCCGGCACUGCCCAGGGCAUUGUGGUGGGGCAUGCCGACUUCCAGCACCAGCUGGAGGGAGGCAUCGAGCUGGAGUUCUACUGGGCACCCUACCCCAGCAACCUCACAGGCGUGCUGCAGCGGCGGCUGGCGCCCGCGGCGGCGGCGCAGCGCGGGGCAGCAGCAGCGGGUGGAGCCGAGGCUGGGGAGGAGCGGCAGGCGGGCGAGGGGGCGGCAGCGGCAGGCGAGGCGGGGGCAGAGGCGCGGGCGGCGGCCGCGGCAGCUGCCGAGCAGCAGCAGCAGGACCGGCAUCAGGAGGACUCCACACGGCGGCGGCGCGGGCUGCUCCAGGAGCCUUCCGCCGCUGCCGCCUCCCAGCUGGCCAAGGGGCGGCGCCAGCCCUCGGUGGUGCUGCUCAGCGCCACCCUCUGGCACCUGCUGCACGUCACCUCGCCUGCUGACUUCCAAACCGAGCUGGGCCUGCUGAAUGCGGCGGCAGAGGGCUACCGGCGCGCUGCGGACGAGGUGGCGGCCGCCGCGGGCGGCGCGGCCGGCACGGCGCCCCGCCUGGUGCUGACCAGCUCCACCGAGACCUUCCCCAACCGCAUGCGCACCCAGGACAAGCGGCAGAGCAUGACGCCAGCCAACGUGGAUGCUUACAAUGCAGCUAUAGAGAAGGCGGGGGUGCUGGAUCCUGCGGGCAGCUUCUCCCUGCUGGACCUGUUCCCGCUGACGCAGCAGUGCGGAGAGGAGUGCAGCACUGACGGGGUGCACUCCUCGCCAGAGGUGUAUGACGCCGCCCUGCAAAUGCUGCUCAACACAGUGGCAGCGGAUGCAGUUGGCAGCGGCGCCGCGGCGCGGCCCGAGCGGCGGCGGCGGCGGCGCGCACUGCUGGAGCCGCCGCACGCGUGGCCGCGGCGGUAG